CUCGCUACAACUAAGGUAGUGUUGGUGAGCUGCGAGCCAGGAGAGAAACCGUGUGACCCGAGUCAACACGGGCCGACAAACCUGGAUCAAAUUGGAGUCACACAGCCUGGACCCCGCGAGCACGCUCAUCACCGCGCAGAGCCUGGAUAUGGCUACGUCUAUACUUGGGGAAGAGCCGCGGUUUGGAACUACGCCAUUAGCUAUGUUGGCUGCAACUUGCAACAAAAUCGGUAACACGAGCCCUCUGACAACUUUACCUGACUCCAGCGCUUUCUCCAAAGGUGGAUUCCACCCGUGGAAGAGGUCCUCCUCCAGCUGCAACCUGGGCUCCAGCCUGCCGGGCUUCACAGUCGCCACGAGCCGAGCCUCCACGGGACUGACAGCGAGCAACGGCGCGGGCAACAGCGCCUUCUGCUUAGCCUCCACCUCCCCGACCUCCUCUGCCUUCUCCACAGAGUACAGCGGGCUGUUUUCCAACUCCGCGAGCGUCACGACGCAGGAGUCCGGCCAGUCGGCAUUCAUCUCCAAAGUCCAUACGUCGGCGGAGACUCUGUACCCGCGGGUGGGCAUGGCGCACCCGUACGAGUCCUGGUACAAGUCUGGGUUCCACUCCACCAUCUCCGGCGACGUGACCAACGGGGCUUCCUCGUGGUGGGACGUCCACAGCAACCCGGGCUCGUGGCUGGACGUGCAGAAUCCCGCGGGGACCCUGCAGACCUCGCUGCACUCCGGGACGCCGCAGGCCAUCCACUCCCAGCUGAGCGGCUACAACCCGGACUUCUCGUCGCUGACGCACUCCGCGUUCAGCUCCACGGGGAUCAGCCCGUCCGCGUCCCACCUGCUGUCCACGAGCCAGCACCUGUUAACCCAGGACGGCUUCAAAACCGUCAUCCCCACAUACACGGACGCUUCCGCCGCCAACGCCAUGAUUUCAGGGGGCGGCUCAGGAAUUAGCAGCUCCUCUAGAUCCUCCAGGCGGUACUCCGGCAGAGCAACGUGUGACUGUCCGAACUGCCAGGAGGCCGAGCGGCUGGGGCCCGCGGGGGCCAGUCUGCGGAGAAAGGGACUCCACAGCUGCCACAUCCCGGGCUGCGGGAAGGUGUACGGAAAGACCUCUCACCUGAAAGCGCACUUGAGGUGGCACACCGGCGAGAGGCCUUUUGUCUGCAACUGGCUUUUCUGCGGCAAAAGGUUCACUCGGUCCGAUGAGCUGCAGAGACACCUGAGGACCCACACCGGCGAGAAGCGCUUCGCGUGCCCCGUGUGCAACAAGCGCUUCAUGCGCAGUGACCAUUUGAGCAAGCACAUCAAAACGCACACGGCGGGCGGAGGAGGCAAAAAGGGCAGCGACAGUGACACCGACACCAGCAACCUGGAGACCCCGAGGUCCGAGUCCCCGGAACUUAUUUUGGAGGGGGUGAACCCCAGAAUCACGGUUAAGGAUCCGUCUCCUCACGACGAGCCCUGAGUCUGCACCCAGAAUGGAAGCAGUGAGAAAUUAUAAUGGGGGAAAAAAAAAAAAAAAA